CUCUUGUAAGUUAAGAUUAAUAUUUUUAAACCAUGAAGAAGACAAGCUUCAGACCAAAUGGACAAGAAUUCGUCCUCCUUUCAAUGGACGGAUACAAGAAAUUAGCUAAUAUUAACAGCUCUGGCAAGAAUCUGUACUGGACGACAGACAUUAACACUGAGAUUCCUAUCAAGUACAACUUGAAUGACUACCAGGGCCUCGUGUCGGUCACCCCAAAGACAUUACCUCAAUGUUUGGUGGAGAACCUCAAGACUCACAGAGAUUGGCCAAGUCUGCAUGCUGAGGUGGCUAAAGAUGAAUGGACACUCUGGACUCAUGGAGAUGUCUGGAAAAUCAGCUUUAAUUUUGCCAAGUCACUUCUCGCUUUUGGUGUAACACACAGAGCAGCUGUGAAUAUUAUUGGCUAUAACCACCCCAUGUGGAUAUUCGCAUUUUAUGGAACAGUUAUUGCAGAUAAUGUAGCUGUAGGAGUCUACAUGACUAGCACUCCUUCAGCAUGCGAAUAUGUCGCAGACCAUAGCUCUUGCGAGCUAGUGGUCUGUGAAGACCUCAAGCAAGCUGAGAAGUACCUCGGCAUUUUGGAUAAUCUACCAAAGAUCAAAGGAAUAGUAAUCUGGAGUAUUGCCAGAUUCGAGACAAGGCCUCACUCCCUCAUCAUGGGCUGGGAGGAGUUCCUCGAGCUUGGCUCCCAAGUUUACGAGGAUUCUGUCAGAUACGAAGAUAUUUUGUACGAUAGGAUGCAGAAGCAGGUUCCUGGCAUGUGAUGCAACAUAGUCUACACCAGCGGCACUACAGGAAAUCCAAAAGGGGUCAUGCUGACUCAUGACACGAUGUACUUUAUGAGCAAAAAGUAUCUCAAGAGCUGGGAUACUGAAGGACUUGUAGACGGACAGGAGAGAGUUGUUUCUUACCUCCCUCUGUCGCAUAGUGCAGCCCAAACCUAUGACCUUGGGUUUAACUAUGUCGGCAGGGUCCAACUAUAUUUUGCUAGACCUUGAGCAUUGCAAGGCAGUUUAGUCGAUACUUUGAAGCAUGCCAAACCCACCAUUUUUUGGGCUGCACCAAGAGUCUGGGAAAAGUUAGAGCUUAAGCUAAAGGAGAUCAGCGGGAAAUCAUCUGCUGCAGUUAGGAAGGCUCCUAGCUGGGACAAGGAGUCCUACCCUGCUCAGUUCAGCCAAGGCGAGUCUAAUACUCCAGGGUACCUGAGUGCUAACUUCACAGAUGUAAGGAACUUGCAAUGAGAGAUUGGUCUUGAAGAAUCAAAGAUCCUUAUGGUGACCUCUGCUCCAAUGAAGACAGCAACCUUGGAGUUCUUCAACUCCAUUGGUCUUCCUGUGAUGAAUGUCUACGGGAUGAGCGAAUGCAAUGGGCCUGAGACCUCAGGCAAACCUUCCAAAUUCGCUGAAGGCUCUGUAGGAUUCCCUAUCGAAGACACUCAUAUCAAGAUUGAUACUAGGAACAAGACUGCUGGUGGCAUGGAGAACGAAGGAGAGAUCUGCUUCAGAGGCAGAAAUAACUUCAUUGGGUAUCUUAACAAUGAAGAGAAGACCAGAGAGACACUUGACGCUGAUGGUUACAUCCAUUCUGGUGACAUCGGCACUUUCGAAGAUGAUGGCUUUGUCAGGAUUACCGGAAGGAUCAAAGAACUCAUCAUCACCGCUGGCGGUGAGAAUGUAGCUCCUGUGCUUAUCGAAGACUCAUUUAAGAAUAUCUGUCCUAUAGUGAGCAAUAUGAUGGCUGUCGGAGAUGGUAGGAAGUAUCUAACAGCUUUGCUAACUCUCAAGGUAGAGGUAGACACUACUAAUGGAAAGAACUUGCCUACAAAAGAUCUGACUCUCUUUGUCAAGACCUUCCUUGAAGAACACCUCGGAGUUACAGGAGUUCACACUACUGAGGAUGCCAUGAGAAAUAAGAAGGUUAUGGAGUACCUUCAGACAAUGAUUGAUGAGAACAACAAGUUGGCCCAAUCGAGGGCCCAGACUAUCAAGAAGUUUAGAGUGCUACCCACUGACUUUAGCUUUGAAGGAGGGGAGCUCACUCCCACCCUGAAGCUAAGGAGAGGACCUACUCUGGACAAGUAUUCCGAAGUUAUUGAUGGAAUGUAUAUAGAUCAGGACAUGAUUUCCAGAAUCUAAUUUUAAGUUUCAACUAACCAUA